ACAGCCAGAACGGGACCGGCAGCAGCUGCAAACCCGCUUGGCUCCUAGAACAGCAGCACAGCCCUCUCCAGCGUGGUUCAGCUCCACACCCAGCCAAAUGGGCAGCCUAUUCAGAACAAUGGGCAAGUGACCUCCAUGUGACCUUCCAGUCUCUCCAGAAGCCUAUUGUGAAGAAACCUUCCAAGGGAUCCUACAAGAAGUGAGGGAAAAGUGACCAGAGGAAGUGGACAGUGUGAAGCAGAAGCCUUCAAGAGGGCACUGAGGACAGUACACAUUCCAGGGAAACGAGCAGAGUCAGGUUUGCCAGGCAGAUUGGCAAACUCUGAGAGAGGAGCAAGGUAGAUGGCAAUCACAGGUGUUUCUCAGUAGCACCCAUGUCCCUGGGCUUCAGAGGAAGGCAUCCCCACACUAUGGUAGCAAGAAACAAUGCAGGCAGAAGGAUGGGUCUGCUGCAACAGAGGUGUAACGAGAACCUGCUCUGUGUGCUGACUUUACUGGAGAUGGUUGGGACCACGGCCUUGAUGACCUACGCACUGCUGUAUGAAGCUGGAAACCUGGUGAACCUCCCUGACAAAUGGAUUGGCUUUUACAACUUCUGCCUGUGGAAUGAUUCAGCUGGGGAGCUGCAGUGCCUGGACAGCAACCAUCUACAGGCAAUGGGCAUCAGUCCACAUGGAAUGGAACUAGCCUUGGUUUGUGUGUAUGCCUCCCUGGUCCCCAUCCCCUUCCACAUCCUUUAUCUUUUAUUUAUGAAUUGCCCAUGGCAGAGAGGGGAAUGGAAGUGGAUCGGCAUCAUAGCCUUCACCGAGAUGAUAAUCUUGUUUGUAGGCCUGGCUAUAUUUCUUUUCCAAACCUCACGGUGGAUUCAUCUCUCCGAUUUCACUGGAGGCUUCCCGGCACUGCUUGCGAGUCUGGUUCUGCUACUGCUCCAAAUUCUCACUGCCAUUGUGUACCUCAGGUGGGCCAAGCAAAACAUUGCCUAAGCCACCUAACUGAGGAGGCCCUGCCCACUAAGAUUUGACAGUGAAUGCAAGAGCUAUUGGUAACAUGAUUUAAAAUAGUCAUCCAAAUACAGAUUUACUUCCUAGAAAAAAUCUGAUUCCCAGUCCAAAGGCUCAUGUCAAGCCAUGUUCUGGCACAUUGCUGUGUGCAGCACUCCUGCAUCAAGCUGGUAGCAGACACCAGCAGCCAAAGCACAGAAACUUCUGAGGUAAAACAGUGCGUAAAAAACUCAGUUUGGGGCACAGCAUCAAAGUGACAGCACUUCUGGCCCCAAAGAGCAGUGAAGGUAGCAGAACCAGCACACAAUGGACACAGCCCUCAGACCAUGCCUAGUCUAAGGUAAAAACGUUGCUAGUAUCUCAUAGGAUCACACAGGAUGUGAUACCUGUAACUAACAAAAUGCUUUUAACACCUUUUGCCCUACCAUGUAACAAAGAUAAAGGGAGUUUAAAAACAGGAUCUGUAGAUUAUGUUUAACUAGGAACUAACAAAUGUUCAGGAAAAUGUAACCAAAUAGGUAAUUUCUUUGUAAGCAGACAGGAUAUAUCACUUAAAAUAAAUAAGCAGCCAACCAACCUUCAAAUCUGUGAAGAAAGCUACUAGGACAACACAGAAAUAACACCAGAAAGAUCCAGUUUUGUAGUUUGAAAAGGUAACAGACUGAGCAUGCACCAAUUAAGAAAGUGCAAUAAAAGGACAAGUGAGGAAGACGAUGGAACGACCAACAAAACCCCCAAAGGGGUUGUAAUAACCUCUAAAGGACACUAGAUGGCAGAGAAGGCUGAAAUAGUUAACUUCAUUUAUUUUUUUCAAAAUAGGCAUUUUAUGUUACUGAUUGGUCUGUGCAGUAAAUAUGUAACAGCCUUGUAAAUAUAAACUGCAUGAAUUCAUCCAGUGGCUGGGAGAAAUUAUGCAAAUAAAGAACACCUGCUUAACAGUGA